AUGCAUCUGGCGCCCCCGGUAAGCCGCCAGCAUCCACCUCCAUUCCCAAGUUCCCGCCCGUCUCGUCGGCCAGAGUUGACCUUGCCUUGGUUAGCCUUCCCCUCCACGGGCGAAGACCUUCCUACGACUCCCUCAGACUUGAGGUGUGAGGAUCCUAGGCGCUCCGUUUCUCUUGCAUUCUGGAACACCGGUCCUCAACCGCCUCAUUUGUUUUUCCUAGCUCCAAGCCACGAUCAGCUGGCACCCACCGGGGUUCCCACCAAGCCCCCAGCUCUCCCGUCCAUGCCUACAGAAACAAUGCCGGAGGGUGGACCAAACCUCAAUCUCACGCCGGAGGAGAAGCGGGUGUUCUACCAGCUUUUCCAGGCGGCUGAUACGACCAACCUCGGUGUUAUCACGGGCGAAGUCGCUGUCCCCUUUUUCGAAAAGACGAAGCUUCCCGCGGAGACACUUGGAUUGAUAUGGCAGAUUGCGGACAAAGAGAACCGGGGCCUCCUGACGCCCUCCGGCUUCUCAAUGGUCCUGAGAUUGAUUGGGCAUGCGCAAGCCGGUCGCGCUCCUACAGAGGAGCUGGCCUUGCAGCCUGGUCCUUUGCCGCGAUUUGAGGGUCUAACAGACGCUCCCCCGUCGCGUCCCUCUACUGCUAGUCCUCCCCCGCCUGGUCCGGUCAGGGUUCCUCCGUUGAACCCUGACGAUGUUAACAAAUUCAAGUCUCUCUUUGACAAAUCAGAGACCCAAAAUGGAGUCAUGUCGGGUGAGACGGCGAAGCAGAUAUUCGAGCGCGCAAGAUUGCCCAAUGAGGUUCUGGGCCGCAUAUGGAAUCUUGCAGAUACGAAACAGCGCGGACAGCUGGACGCGACAGAAUUCGUUAUCGCCAUGCACCUCCUGACGUCGUAUAAGACCGGCGCUAUGCGGGGAAUCCCCCAGUCCCUACCACCGGGUUUGUAUGAAGCGGCUUCUCGACGAGUUGCUCGCACAUCUACCGGUUCUCGUGGCGGUUCAGAUAUACCACCAGUGCCGGCUAUACCGACGCAGUUUACCGGUCCGCAGCGGACUCAGAGUCCACUGAACAGGCAGCCUUUUCCUUCACCGCUCUCUGCACAAUCAACGGGUGGUGAUUGGUUGAUCACCCCUCAGGAGAAGGCGCAUUUCGACUCCAUCUUUGCGACGGUGGAUACUGCAAAUUCAGGCGUGAUCAGUGGUGACCAGGCUGUUGUAUUUUUUGCGAAUGCCCAGCUUCCGGAGGAAACGCUAGCGCAGAUCUGGGAUCUGGCCGAUAUCGAUGCGGAUGGGCAGUUGACUAAGGACGAGUUCGCUGUUGCCAUGUAUCUUGUGCGCCAGCAACGAACCAAGAAGGAGCCUCUUCCGCCCACGCUUCCCCCUGCCUUGGUUCCCCCAAGUAUGCGUCGUCAAGCUGCUGCAAGAACUGUGCAAACGCCAGUCUCUGCUCCAGCGCCAGCGCCAGCUCCGGCGGCUCCUGCGCCACGGUCCGCCGCCGAGGAUCUCUUCGGACUGGAUGCCUUCAGCACUCCGGCUCCUGCCGCACCUGCUCAGCAGCCUCAAUCCACUGGAGGGUCGAAUCCGCCUUUCCAGUCCCCAGGGUCUCCUUCGAGAACGUCUCAGCAGGGAUCAUCCACUGCAUUCAAACCUUUUGUUCCUUCUUCUCAAUUCGGCCAGAGUUUGAAUCCCCAGUUGACCGGUGCUGGGGCUACGGCCAAAUCUCCCCCAGCUCCUGAUGAUGAUCUGCUGGGCGACAAUGACCCCGAAGAGAGCAAGAAGCUGACUCAGGAGACGACCGACCUCGCCAACCUGUCGAAUCAGAUCGGUUCUCUGUCCAAGGAGAUGCAGAAUGUCCAGCAACAGCGUGCAGCAGCAGAACAAGAAUUCUCUCAAACCUCGCAACAGAAGCGCGACUUUGAAGCGCGCCUGGCACAAGCUAGGGCGAUGUAUGAGAAAGAGCUUAAGGAUUUCAAGGCCCUUGAAGAGCGCUUGAAUGCUUCACGAGCGGAAACGAAGAAACUCCAGCAGGAGUAUGCCCUGAUAGAAGCCAGCCGGCAGGACUUGCAGAAUCAGUAUGACCAAGUGUCCGCUGCACUAGCAGCUGACCAGAGCGAGAACGCGGCUCUGAAGGAGAAGAUCCGUCAGGCGAAUGCUGAGGUGAACCAGCUCAAGCCGGCACUGGAAAAGGCUCGCUCCGAAGCACGCCAGCAGAAGGGUCUGGUUGCCAUCAACAAGAAGCAAUUGGCCACCGUCGAGGCUGAACGCGAUAGGAUUCAAGGGGAAAUUGACUCGCUUGUAAAAGAGAAGCAGGAAGCGGAAGAGGCCCCUGCGCCAGUCACUACCGGUGCUGCCGAUGUCUCCAGUCCGGCCCUGUCGACAGCGAGCCAGCAGACCAAUCCGUUCUUCAGACGGACUACGACGGGCUCCUCGGAGAGGACUUUGUCACCUUCUUCCAACCAGCAGAGCGCUUUCGACAACCUAUUCGGCCCAGCGUUUUCCAGUCCAUCAACACCGACUCCCCCGCCUCCAACGUCUUUUAGGGCUGGGUCUCCGUCGGUGCAGCAGGCACGAGAUGCUUCUAAGAGUCCUGACACAUCCGGAAUUCCGACUCCGUCAGUGUCACCGCCUCCUCAAUCGAACUUCGUUUCACUGCGUAAUGAAGGACCUGGGACCCCACCGAGACCGACAACCUCCAAUGCAGUGUCAGGGCCCAGUGAAAGCAGUGGUAACGACAAGUCAGCGGCGCGCUCUCCAUUUGACGGCGCACAGGAGCCUACAACCGAGGAAAGCCACGACCCUGUUACUUCAUCGCAGGAUGAUUCUAAACAGCCGUUCCCUAGCCUGCCCGGCGAAUUCCCUACCGAGACAUCGACUGGUGCCGAGGGACCUUCGGCUCCACGUAAGGAUCCUAGUUUCGAUGAAUUAUUUGGCAAUGUCGCCCGUGAACGGUCUCAAUCUCAGAAAGCAAACGAUUUUGAAGAGGCUUUUGCUGGAAUGAAGCCGCGUACUACCGCGCAGGGCAACAAGGUCAACGGUGACAGCGAGUUUCCUCCGAUCAGGGAGUUUGACAAUGACGAUGACGAAAGCACCGACAGCGAAGCUCCUUUGGGCUUUGAUGACAACUUCACUCCCAGCUCUCCGCCAGACAAGGAGCAUUCGAAGAGCGACUCGAUUGAUGCCGCACAAUUACAAGCGUUCCCUGCUCCCGGAACCGGAACUGGCGCUGCACCUGCCCAGCCUCCUCCGGCAGACGCUCAGAGUUCUCCUCCCAACUAUGAUCAGAGUGCGCCUAGGAAGGAGUCAGGGGAUUUCCCCCGUGAGUUUGAUGGUCUGGUGCCUAGUCGAGCAGACCCCACUAAGGCUCCAGAUGCUCCUCAUGCGGUGGAAUCCUCCACGGGUGCUCCGAUCGUCGCUGGAGAGGCCCAAAAGAAAGCUGGAGCCCCAGAUUUUGAUGCCGCCUUUGCAGGCCUAAAUCUAGCCCCAGCAAAGGAGGAGGACGAUUCUUCUGACGAUGAAACUGAGUCUCAAUUCAAUAAGCAAGUGAAUGAAUUUGACUUUUCCUUUGACUCGCCAUCACAACCGGCAAAAGCGGCGACGACGUCACCAGCACAGCCUGGCACGUCCAGCACGGCGGCGUCAGAGUUCUUCAAUUUUGACAACAGUGUUCACCCGUCGGCUGCGGAAGCAGCAUCUACUGGAUCGACCACUCAGCCACCGACUGGGGGAAAUGCGCCAAAGACCCAACAUGAUUGGGAUGCAAUCUUCGCCCCUCUUUCAGGAGCGAAGGCUCCUGAAAGCGAAGGUAACGGCACCGCUAACCCCUCCGAGUCCAAGACUCCCCCGACCUCUGAGAACCGUCAACCGGGGUGGGCCCUCGCCGCGGACACGGAGGAUGACUUGAUCUUGCAGCGAUUGACCAGCAUGGGUUAUCCUCGGGACGAGGCACUGGCUGCAUUGGAAAAAUUUGAUUAUAACAUUGACAAGGUGAGUGCGGCCCGUUCUAAAUGGUCCCUGGAAGAUCUAGUGGAAGGUAGCUAA